UUUCACGAGGAUUCCUCGCGUGUCCGCCAUCCUUGCGGCUCUUAACACAGAAGGGCACAGAGGAGGCCGAAAGAAAAGUGCCCUCCCGGUGUUGCAGCAACUUCGCACUUCAUCCUUCAAACAUGCUGUCCAGGCUCGUUUUUGUCUCAGCUAGUGCUCUGAAAGGCAGUGGCCCCAUUGGAGCUGGUGUGGUCCAUGCAUCUCGCUGUCUGCACACAUCAUCCCAGAGUCUGGCCCCGGUGCCCCCUCUGCCAGAGAAGGGAGGGAAAGUUCGCCAUGGCAUCAUCCCAGAGGAGUUAUUCCAGCUCCUCUACCCCAAAACUGGAGUCACAGGGCCCUACAUGCUGGGUACUGGCCUCCUCCUCUACAUGCUUUCCAAGGAAAUCUACGUCAUCAACCAUGAGACCUUCGCUGCUGCCUCCAUAGGUGCUGUGAUCAUCUACGGUGUGAAGAAAUUUGGGCCAAGUGUUGCAGCUUUUGCUGACAAACUGAACGAGGAAAAAGUGGCCAAGGCUCAGGAGGUGAAGGACCUCGCCAUGUCCAGCCUGGUUCAGGCCGUCGAGGAUGAGAAGAAGGAACAGUGGAGAGUAGAGGGAAGGUCAAUGCUCUUUGACGCCAAGAGGAACAAUGUGGCCAUGCUGUUGGAGACCAACUACAGGGAGAGGCUACAUAUGGUGACCAAUGAAGUGAAGAGGCGCUUGGACUAUCAGAUUGCGCUGCAGGACCUCCACCGUCGGAUGGAGCAGGAGCACAUGAUCAACUGGGUGGAGAAGAGUGUCGUCAGCAGCAUCACACCCCAGCAGGAGAAGGAGAGCAUCGCUAAAUGCAUCACAGACCUGAAAGCGCUGGCCAAGACCACUCAGGCCAAAGCUACAGCUUAAAUUGUCCUCUCUAAAAAAGGCUACUCUAAUCCCAGACUCAUUGCCUGAAGACGAGACAUCAUUUUUCUUUGCAGAAUAAACUUCUUUCUUGUCUCUGUCAGUGUCAUGGGUGUGUACAGUAUUUACACGUCAGCAGAUGGUAAAAUAAAUGGUUCUCUUAUCAAUUCA